AUGCCUGCAAAGAAUAUGUUUGGAAUCAUUGGACUUGAAUACCAGCUUCCCUCUCUCUACAUCAAUCAAGAGGAGGUUGCUAAUAACAUCGACUUUGAGGUUGAUAAGAUAAAAAUAGGAUUGGGACUCGAGCAAAUGGGUGUUCCAUCUAGAAGAGAGGAUGCCAUUUCACUUGCAUUGAAUGCAGUCAGUAGACUGAUAACAAGAUAUGGUGUUAGCCCUUUGGAUGUUGGGAGACUAGAGGUUGGUACAGAAAGCAACCCCGAUGGAUCUAAAUCCAUUAAGUCAUAUCUUACCGACCUGUUUCCGGGGAACACUUCCAUGUGCGGGUGUGACAAUGUACAUGCCUGCUAUAGCGGAACAAAUGCAUUGCUGAAUGCAAUUGCAUGGAUGGAAUCAUCCUUGUGGGAUGGAAGAUUUGCAAUUGUUGUUGCUACUGAUGUGGCAAUGUACAAAGAUAAGAACUGCCUGCCAACAGGAGGUGCUGGAGCAGUUGCAAUCCUAUUGGGGCCGAACUGCAUCUACAGAGUCAUUCCAUCAAGCAUAACCCAUUACUUUUCAAACCAAUUUGAUUUCAUGAAGCCCAAGGAACUACACCCGUUUCCGGUUGUCAAGGGAAAAGAAUCAAUAGAAAACUACAGGACUGCGUUUGAAAUAUGCUAUGGAGAGCUUAAGAAGAAAAUGGACGACUUGGGAUCGUUUGAUUACAUUGCACUCCAUUCUCCAUACACAAGACUUCCAGAAAAGAUAUGUGUCGCAAACCACAUAGACAGGAAGAAGUUUAUAAAGUCCUUAGAGGCUUCCAGGAAAAACGGAAAUGCAUAUUCAGCCUCUUUGUAUCUUUCACUGAUCUCCCUACUUGAUGGACACGACGGAGAAAUUGGAGAGAAAGUCUUGUUGUUCUCGUAUGGAUCCGGGACAUCCAGCUCGAUGUUUUGCUUGGAAAGAGUUUCCAAAGGCUGUAUGAUUACUGGAUUCAGAGAAAGACUAUCCGAAAGAAAAGAGAUAUCAUAUCAGGAAUUCAUAAAGCUUAUUGAGGAUCCUAUACCACAGGACAACUAUGAGACUCAGGAAAAAGUCUACCUACCCGGAUACUACCUGAAGAGAAUAUCCUCCUUUGCAAGACAUUAUGAAUUUUUAACAGAAUAA